AGUUUUACCUAAUUAGUUUUAUCGUAUUUAUAAAGAAGUUUCGGAAUAUAUAAAAUCACUCGAAUUCGGUUAUUCCAAUAGUUACUCACCUAGUGUCUAAGAAUUAACAUUAAAAAUUUGGUUUGAGUCAAGAUGAAAUUCCUAGUGGUACUUUUGUGUAUAACUGGAUGCUCCGUAGCUAGAAAAUUACCAUCUUUCAUUAAAGUUUGCAAACCCAAAGAGACAGACGUUUCAGAAUGUAUUUUGGAAAACAUUGAAAUCAUGAGGUCGAAACUAGCAGAAAAAGAUGGCGUCCCAGAAAUGGCUAUACCCAGUAUCAACCCAUUGGUUAUCCCACAUGCUAACAUCAACCUAGGAGAAUUUCAAGCACAAUUAGAAAACAUCAGUCUAUAUCGUGUGCAGGAAUUCAUCAUCAAAAAACUGAAAGUCGAUAUUGACACUGUUAAUAUUGAUUUGAAAAUCAAAUUCCCCAAAAUCGAUUGUUUGGCCAAUUAUUUUGUCAAAGGGCAACUUCUUGUACUCAAAUUAGAUGGCAGUGGACCUGCACAAAUCAAUAUUACCAAUCUGAUAGCCAACGUAGUAGCUCUGGGAAAGAAAGAGAUGGUCAAUGGUAAGGAACAUGUUGUGAUAACGUCUCUCGAUAUCAAACCCGAAGUAGGACAUCUAGAUCUCGUUUUAGACAAUCUGUUCCCCAAAAACUCGGAACUCACCGAAAAUGCUAACAAACUGUUGAACGACAAUCAAAACGUCAUCGUCGAAGAAUUCAGUCCUCUCGUUGUAAAUAUUAUCAAAGAAUUUCUGUUGAGUGUUCUUAGGAAUAUCUUCAAGUAUUACAGUUUCGACGUGUUGUUUCCAAAUGCAUGAUUUAGAUAAUAAUCGUAGGAUGUAGAUAAAUGGUUGUUUUGCAGUAUUAGGAACUAGUAAGGUGGGUAUAGAAAGGUAUUUCUGUCUGUAGAACCUUCUCCUAUAAAGUUUUUGUACCAAAAAGUAAAUUUAAUCCAUGUUUUUUUUAUAGUAUUUAUGUGUAAUUGGAAUUUUUUUUAUAAUAAAAAGUUUUUAUAUAAAA